AGGCCUGACCCUGGCCAUGAACCAGCCGGCCGGCCUGCAGGUGGACUAUGUCUUCCGGGGCGUGGAACACGCCGUGCGUGUGGCGGUUUCUGGUCAGGUGCUGGAGCUGGAGGUGGAGGACCGGAUGACGGCUGACCAGUGGCGGGGCGAGUUCGAUGCCAACUUCAUUGAAGACUUGACACACAAGACGGGGAACUUCAAGCAGUUCAACAUCUUUUGUAACAUGCUGGAGUCGGCUCUCACACAGAGCAGUGAGUCCGUCACGCUGGACCUGCUGACCUACACAGACCUGGAGUCCCUGCGGAACCGCAAGAUGGGGGCCCGGCCCGGCUCGGUGGCCCCCAGGUCAGCCCAGCUCAACUCCAAGCGCUACCUGAUCCUCAUCUACUCCGUGGAGUUUGACAGGAUUCACUACCCGCUGCCCCUCCCGUACCAGGGCAAGCCCGACCCAGUGGUCCUGCAGGGCAUCAUCCGCUCCCUGAAGGAGGAGCUGGGACGCCUGCGCGGGCUGGACGGCCAAGACGCUCGGGACUCCCGGGAGACGGAGAUCUGGCAUCUGCGGGAGCAGGUGUCGCGCCUGGUGUCCGAGAAGCGGGAGCUGGAGACCCAGCUGGGCCGAUCGCGCGAGGAGGCGCUGGCCGGCCGGGCUGCGCGCCAGGAGGCCGAGGCCCUGCGCGGGCUCGUGCACAGCUUGGAGCUGGAGCUGCGGCAGGAGCGCGGCCUGGGACACCGGGGGUCGAGCCGCCGCGGCCAGGACUGCCGCCGCCUGGCCAAGGAGCUGGAGGAGGUGAAGGCGUCGGAGCGGAGCCUGCGCGCGCGGCUGAAGACGCUCAACGGCGAGCUGGCCCUGUACAAAAGAGGGAGACGGACUACACCGGUGGCACCGGCCUCGGCCAGGGACAACCGGGCUUCAACAUCCCGGGAACGCUCCACGUCGCGGGGCCGCGCGGCUGCUCGUUCCUCAUCUCGGGAGAGCGGCCGGGGCCGUGGUCGGCCUGCUCGGCCCUCGCCCUCACCCACAGGUGGUCGUGCCACCCGCUUCGACCCCACAGCCUUUGUGAAAGCCAAGGAAAAGAAACAGAGGGAGAUCAAAAUGAAGCAGCAGCAGCAGCAGCGGAACCGACUGGGCACCGGGGCAAGCGGGGACGGUCUGUCCAUCUCAUGGUCCCGCCAGGCCCGGCCUCCUGCUGCUGUGACCAGCCGGGGGGACGCAGCUAACCGCUCCCGACACCGCAGCUCCUCGGUCGACAGCUUCCGCAGCCGCUGCUCCUCGGCCAGCUCUGGCAGCGAGCUGGACCUCUCCCAGUCGCUCUCCAGAGGCAGCAUUCGCAGGCUCCGGAAGCCUUCCAGCCCCACCUCCUGGAGUGGGUCCCACAUGAAGUCCACAGCUCUGGAACGUAGCCAUCAUCAGAGACGACUGGCCACCUCGGGGGGCUGGGUCCCCAUCAAAGAGUAUAGCUCAGACCACCAGGCGGCUGACAUGGCUGAGAUAGACGCCCGUCUGAAGGCCCUGCAGGAGUACAUGAACCGGCUGGACACGCGGUCCUGAUCGUGGGGGGCGGGGCUCUGCCGCUCUUGGGGGGUCUCCAGUGUGGGAGGCCCUGGCCCCGCCCUCUCCCCAAGCCACACCUGCAUUUUGUAAAUAAACAGAUUUGCCCUUGG